AUGCAUUGUCAAGUUAGCGACGUGAUUUUGCGCAACCUAAUCAAUCUCCGUGUUAUGUCUAUGCACAUCAAAUGGAUUUGCAGCAGCCUCGAAGCGGAACUGAAAAUUCAGAAAAAGACCGUGACUCCCAGCCCAUCCCCGCCUCUCAAGCCCCGCGAAGCGAUUCUCAAACCCUGCGAAGUGCAAACUCAAAAUAGGCACCGCAUAGUUCUUGAAGCUGCGUUCUCUCACGUCUGGGCAUCCAUGGGAACUGAAAACAAGAAAAAGAAGAAGAACAAAACUGGCGAUCAAGGCUGCAAGGGUGGAGGAAACGACCGUACCCAGAAUGAAGGUGGCAAAAUCAUCACGGAUGCUAGAUUCUCAUCUGUACACUUUGACCCUCGAUUUCGUGAGGCUCCAAAGCGAAACUCUAAAGUGGUUAUUGACUCUCGAUUUGACCGCAUGUUCACUGACAAAAACUUUGCAUCCUCCAAGGCUCCUAUAGACAAGAGGGGUAAACUUAGAAAGAACUCCCACUCUCAAAACCCUCUCAAACACUACUAUCAUCUAGAAGACAAAGAAAACCAAGUAGAAAAAGGGCAUGGGUUGAAGAAAGUUGCAACUGAAGAAGAAGAAAGUGAAAGUCGGAAGAAUGAGAGUGAAAAUGAAAAUGAGAGUGAGAGUGAGAGUGAGGGCGAGGGUGAGGGUGAGGACUUGAAGAAAAGAAAAUCACUAUUGACAAGUGAAAGUGAGAGUGAGAGUGAGGGUGAGGGUGAGAAAUUGAGGAAAAGCAAAUCACUACUGACAAGUGAAUUGGAAGAAUCAAGUGAAUCUGAGGAGGAUGAUAGCCAUGACGGUGAUGAAUCAUCAUCGACUAGCACUACAGAUUCAGAUGAAGGCGAUCAAGCUUAUUUGGAGGAGGAGGAUGACGCCUUUAUGCAUCAGGAGGACAACAUACCAGAAAUCGAUAAUGAAACCCGCAGACUUGCAGUUGUUAAUUUGGACUGGAAUCAAGUGAGGGCCGUUGACUUGUACGUAUUGCUAAGUUCGUUUCUUCCUAAAGGGGGUCAAAUUAUGUCAGUGGCUGUCUAUCCAUCUGAAUUUGGACUCAAGCGCAUGGAAGAGGAGGCUGUCCAUGGUCCUGUUGGGCUAUUUGAUGACGGUGAGGAGGAUGAUCAAGAUGAUGAGUUUGACAACAAAAAACUGCGUGCCUAUGAACUAAGUAGGCUAAGGUAUUACUAUGCUGUGGUGGAAUGUGAUUCAAGUGCUACAGCAGAUUACCUAUACAAAACCUGUGAUGGAGUUGAGUUUGAAAGAUCAUCAAAUAAAUUGGAUUUGAGAUUUAUUCCUGACACCAUGGAGUUUAAGCAUCAGCCACGGGAUGUGGCAACUGAGGCACCAACAGACUAUGAAGGUUUGGAUUUUCAAACUCGAGCACUGCAGCACAGUAACAUUCAGCUCACAUGGGAUGAAGAUGAACCACAGCGCUCAAAGACCUUGAAGAGAAAAAUCAAUGCUGAACAGCUUGACGAAUUGGAGCUAAAGGAGUUUUUGGCAACCGAUGAGAGUGAUGCAGAUGACAAUGCUGAUGAUAAUGACGCGGAAGAUAUAUCCGUCAAAAGACGCAGAAAGCAAGAUAUGUACCGUGUUCUUCUCCAGUCUGGGGAUGGUGGCUCAGAUGACAAUGAUGAGGAUAAUGCCCAAGACAUGGAGGUCACUUUCAAUACCGGCUUAGAAGAUAUAAGCAAACGCAUUUUAGAAAAGGAUAAAAAAUCAGAAACUGUGUGGGAGUCAUAUCUCAGAAUGAGAAGAGAGAAAAAGAAGGCUCGGAAAAAUAGGUCCAGGAAUUCAUCGGAUGAAGAUAGCAGUGAUACUGAGCAUGAACAUGCUGAACAACCGGAUGACUUUUUUGUUGAAGAGGAAACUCAGGUUCGAGGUACCAAGAGAGACAAACCUAAUCAAGAAACAGUCCAAGAAGCUGAAGCUAGUCGAGCUGAGCUUGAGCUAUUACUUGCUGAUGACACGGGAAUGGAUAACAGUUUGAAAGGCUAUAACUUGAAACCUAAGAAGCGCAAGGGGAAAAAGGGAAAGGAAAUUCCUGACGAGGGCAAAAUACCUGAUGUUGACUAUGAUGAUCCACGAUUUUCAUCUCUCUUCACCUCACCACUUUUUGCUCUGGAUCCAACGGAUCCUCAAUUCAAAAGGAGUGCAGUUUAUGCUCGGCAAGUGGCACAGAAAAAUAAGGGUGAUCAGGAAAAUGCUACUGGAACACUACGCUCAGAAAUUUCAGGGCAGUUUCCGUCUUUUAACAAAUUGGAAAUGCUCAAAGAUAAGGACUUGCAACCUGACGGAUCGAAUCCAGAAAAAGGAAAGGACAUAUCUUCGUUGGUUAAGUCACUCAAAAUGAAGACCAAACAAGCAAAUUUGUCGUCGCAAAGGGAUGUGAAGGGAAAAGUCACACCUCCUGGAGUAAGGUCUUUUGGUUCGGAUGAGGCUGAUUAUGGUGAAGAUAUCCCUCAAGAAGCUGUGUGCAGGAUCUGUUUGGUAGAACUUGGGGAGGGCAUGGACGCCCUAAAGAUGGAAUGCUACUGUAAUGGCGAACGUGCCCUGGCUUACCAGGAAUAA